UCGACAUUUUAAGUCUUAUAUUUAUUAUUUUAUGAUUUUAAGGUUACAUCAAAAUUUCAAAGUGUUACACUAAUAGGAUGAGGGUGAGUUAUUGUACGGAUUUGGACAAAAGCGUCGUGGUAGCCAAUUGCGAGAAGCGCGGUUGGGUUCAAGUAGGUCCAGAAGAAGACUGGAACAUUUACUGGGCUGGAACUCAAACAUGUCGCAGUCUAUUCAGUGUAGACAGUGGAUACAGGAUGAACGAUAAUCAACUUAUAAACCACUUCCCAAAUCAUUAUGAAAUAUCGCGGAAGGACCUACUUGUCAAGAACAUCAAGCGUUAUCGCAGAGAUUUGGAAAAAGAAGGCAACAUUAUGGCGGAGAGAGGCGAUUCCAAAUAUCUACACCUCGAUUUCAUACCUGUGACCUUUGUACUUCCAGCUGAUUACAACAUGUUCGUGGAAGAGUACCGCAAAUCACCGCAGAGCACCUGGAUUAUGAAACCCUGCGGCAGAAGCCAAGGAUCUGGAAUAUUCCUGAUCAACAAGCUGUCGAAGCUGAAAAGAUGGUCCAGGGAGUCGAAGACGCCUUUUCAGCAACAGCUGAACAAAGAAAGCUACGUCAUAUCCAAGUACAUUGAUAAUCCAUUGCUCAUAGGAGGUAAGAAGUUCGAUCUUAGGCUGUAUGUUUUAGUGACCUCAUUUAGACCGUUGAAAGCCUAUCAGUUCAAGCUGGGGUUUUGCCGAUUUUGCACUGUGAAAUACGAUUCCAGUGUUGCCGAAUUGGACAACAUGUACGUUCAUUUGACGAAUGUGUCAGUUCAAAAACAUGGUGGUGAAUAUAAUUCACUACACGGGGGCAAACUGAGUGUUCAAAACUUACGUUUAUAUUUAGAAGGUACCAGAGGCAAAAAAGUGACAGAAACUUUGUUCGACCAAAUAAGCUGGCUGAUAAUACACUGUCUGAAAGCCAUCGCUCCCGUAAUAGCCACUGAUCGGCACUGUUUCGAAUGUUAUGGCUACGACAUCAUCAUCGAUAAUAAGCUAAAACCAUGGCUCAUCGAGGUUAAUGCUUCGCCUUCAUUGACAUCUACCACAGCAAAUGAUCGAAUUUUAAAACAUAAACUAUUGGAUAAUAUUUUUAAUAUAGUAGUCCCACCUUCAGGAAUGCCAGACGUUAGGUGGAAUAAAAUUCCAUCUUCUGAAGCUCUGGGAGACUUCGAACUACUGAUAGACGAAGAUUUAGUAAACGCCAGUGAAAAUGGGGAAAAUUCAUCUGCAAGAAAUAAUUCCAAAUGGAAAUAAAACAAAACAUAAGUCACACAUUAAAUUAAGCACCAUCAGCAUUUUUCAUAUCAUAAUUUAAGAUGUAAACUGGCAAAAAUAAAAUCCUUUUUAAUCGCA